ACGAAAAGUCAAAGUGUCAGAUUUUUCUGAAUAAAAUCGCAAAGUUCUUUGUGAAGACAAAUAGUUAAUGAUGAAGUUUCAAGUGAUUAUUAUCUUUCUUGCAUUUUGUCUAGUGAUCGCUUUUGGAGCGCCAGCGGAAAAUGCUUGCAAGCCAAAUGCGGAAUAUAAAAUUUGUGGAUUUUCAAGUCCACCGAGAUGUGGAAAAUAUGAGAAAAGACUUUUCAAAAUUCAAUGCGUUGAAAGUGGCUGCGAAUGCAAAGAUGGAUUUUUAUUAAAUUCAAAAGAUGAUUGCGUUCGACCUCAAGAUUGUUGAAUUAAUAAAAUUCAAAGAAUAUUGUCCGUCAAUAGAAUUUUUAUUAAUGAAAUUUUAUUUUUUGCAAUGUAUGAUAAAUAAAUAAACAUUGUCGUGAAUUGUAAAUAAAUAAUUAAUAUUAAGGUGGAAAAUAAAUAAAUAAUAAAUAUUAACGUUGGUGUAAAAUAAUGAGUUUAUUACUCGGUCUUCGAUCGAUAUCUUCUUGUUUUAUAAUAAUUAACGUAGAUAAUAAUAAAUAAUAAUUAACAUAAACGUAGAGAGAAAAUAAAUAAUAAAUAUUAACGUAGAUGA